ACAUAUAGGAGAAACAGCAGUGUCUACGGCUCCCACCCUCCAAGGGGGCCCGUGGGGGGCGGUGUCAGGGGCAUGGACGCCACCCCCCAGGGGUCUCUGCUGCCGGCUACUCUCCUCUCCACGUGCUCCCCUGCAGGACCGCCAGCGCCACCGAGGCGCCCCGUGAGGGGAGGCGGGCGGCGGCCGCCGGGGCCUCCGGCGCUCUGCGGGUGUCCCCAGCGCUCGCAGUGACGCUGCGGCCGCCAUGGCGCAGGAGAACGCCGCCUUCUCGCCGGGGCCCGAGGAGCCGCCGCGCCGCCGCGGUCGCCAGCGCUACGUGGAGAAGGACGGCCGCUGCAACGUGCAGCACGGCAACGUGCGCGAGACCUACCGCUACCUGACCGACCUGUUCACCACCUUGGUGGACCUGCAGUGGCGCCUCAGCCUGCUCUUCUUCGUGCUGGCCUACGCGCUCACCUGGCUCUUCUUCGGCGCCAUCUGGUGGCUGAUCGCCUACGGCCGCGGCGACCUGGAGCAUCUGGAGGACACGGCGUGGACGCCGUGCGUCAACAACCUGAACGGCUUCGUGGCCGCCUUCCUCUUCUCCAUCGAGACAGAGACCACCAUCGGCUACGGGCACCGCGUCAUCACCGACCAGUGCCCCGAGGGCAUCGUGCUGCUGCUGCUGCAGGCCAUCCUGGGCUCCAUGGUGAACGCUUUCAUGGUGGGCUGCAUGUUCGUCAAGAUCUCGCAGCCCAACAAGCGCGCUGCCACGCUUGUCUUCUCCUCGCACGCCGUGGUGUCGCUGCGCGACGGGCGCCUCUGUCUCAUGUUCCGCGUGGGCGACCUGCGCUCGUCGCACAUCGUCGAGGCCUCCAUCCGCGCCAAGCUCAUCCGCUCGCGCCAGACGCUCGAGGGCGAGUUCAUCCCGCUGCACCAGACCGACCUCAGCGUGGGCUUCGACACCGGCGACGACCGCCUCUUUCUUGUCUCGCCGCUCGUCAUCAGCCACGAGAUCGACGCCGCUAGCCCCUUCUGGGAAGCGUCGCGCCGCGCCCUCGAGAGAGACGACUUCGAGAUUGUCGUCAUCCUCGAGGGCAUGGUGGAAGCCACGGGAAUGACAUGCCAAGCUCGGAGCUCCUACCUGGUGGACGAGGUGCUGUGGGGCCACCGCUUCACAUCAGUGCUGACCCUGGAGGACGGCUUCUAUGAGGUGGACUAUGCCAGCUUCCAUGAGACCUUUGAGGUGCCCACGCCCUCGUGCAGUGCCCGGGAACUGGCAGAGGCCGCAGCUCGCCUCGAUGCCCAUCUCUACUGGUCUAUCCCCAGCCGGCUGGAUGAGAAGGUGGAGGAGGAGGGGGCAGGGGAGGGGGCUGGAGGGGAAGCUGGGGCUGACAAGGAACAAAAUGGCUGCCUGCCACCCCCAGAGAGUGAGUCCAAGGUGUGA